AUGAACCUAGUUUUUCCUGCUAUCUGUUCUAUCACAAAAUCUAUCUAUCUAUCUAUCUAUCUAUCUAUCUAUCUAUCUAUCUAUCAUUUCUUCCUGAUCACUCCAUGUUUCUCCCUGAUCACUCCAUGCGACCAAUUUUUUUCCGACACCAAAGAAAUAAGUGCAGUUAUAUUUCAUUGGUCAAUCAGUGCCGCUUCAUCGUCCAUUUGUCUCUUUAACCAAUCAACUCGUUCACCUUUUGAAGCAUAUGAUGUGGCAGCAUCACCGGCAAAUUUGAAGAGAUGGGGAGUGCAUGAAUCCUCCCCCUGCCGGUUCUGUGGUGCUUAUGGAAACCUGCGCCACAUACUGUUGUCCUGCCAGAAGGUGCUACAGAACGACUGGUACCCCUUCAGACAUAAUUUGUUUCUGGAGGUCGUGACAACCGCUGCGAGAAGUGCUAGUAUACACUCGACGGUCCUGCGAAGGAUUGCCUUCCUGAAGGCAGAAGACCAGGUCGGAGGAAUCGAGGAGCUGACAUUUCCGCCUUCUUCUUCCUCCAUUUCCUCUCCUUUUGCCACCAACUUCCUCCUUCAACUCUCCAUUAACAUCCAAAUUCAGCCGACACCUCCUCCUCUUCAUAUUCAGCUCCUCCCACUUCCCCCUUAUUCAUUCUCCAAAUUCAACUCAGUACUUUCAAUCAUUUUUCUUUAUUUCUCUUAA